AUGAAAUCUCUCACGUGGCUGUGGGUGGCAGUCGUCGCCCUGGCGGCUAUCGCCUCGGCUCAGAAAAAACGCCUUUUGUUCUAUGGCAGCGUGGAGUAUAGAGAGUGGCAAGAAGCUGAGGAUCUAGGCUAUGAAGUUGUCAACGUCACCGAUGCUCAGUGGCGCGCAUUCACCAAGGAAGAGUUCGCCCAGUUCGCUGCCAUCGUUGUCCAGGAUCCUGAUUGCAAAUCACUUCCGGAAGUUGACAAUCUAAGGUUGCUGGAAGACACCAAGACCAAAUGGUCACCAGCCGUGAAGGGCCCCGUCAUCCUUAUCGGCACGGAUCCCUCAUUCCACGCCGCUGACUACCCAGGGGCAGUCUCGUUGAUCCGGGGCGGUUUGAACUUUGCGGCAUCAGGUAAUGAGACGGGAUUAUACUUUUCGCUCUCAUGCUACUAUCAAAACGUCGAAAGGGAGAUCGUCUCGGUACUGUCUGAAUUUGGCGAAUUUGAGGUGCGAGGCCAGUUGAGUUGCUACAACGACGCACAUCUGGUGGCAAAUUCGACGGCUCUUUUGGGAAUCAAAGAUGAAGAUUUGAGCAACUGGUCCUGCAGUGUGCAUGAGGUCUUUUCCAAUUACCCCAAGACUGGAAUGCGCGGAUUCGAGCCCUUGGUGAUCGCCCAGGGAGCUACCGGCGUCGGGAACUUGACUUUUGCAGACAACAGCACCGGAGUCCCUUUUGUCCUUACAAACAAGGCCACACCCAUCGGAUGUGGCAAUGGGAUAUGGGAGUCCCGUCUUGGGGAGGAAUGUGACUACGGCGACUCCAAUGGUCAUGAUAACAGCACCUGUACCCUGUCUUGCAGGUGCAUAUAUGGGGCGUUGGGAAAUGGAACUUGUUCGACUGUUAACAACUCAACAAGCUCCUCGACCACUCGCGGAUUCAGCAGCACACUUUUUACAAACUCAAGCUCUUCAGUGACGGCAACGAGCGAGCUGCCCAACUCCUUUACAGUUGUCACCGUUGUGAUCACAUCCACCGUUUCUAUUAACCCUUCAUCCUCGUCUAUCACCACAAUCACGACAGUCUCCACCUCUACCAUCUUACCUCUGACAUCAGACUCCUCAGUGGUAAGCUCUGGGACGACAGCUACCCCGGGACCGUCAGUAACGACGAUCGUCAUCACUGCUACAGUGUCCAUCAAUCCCAGCUCCUCGUCUACAACGACCAUAACAAGCGUGGUACCAAUCUCUGACUCGGCAUCAAACUCGGCAAGCACGUCGCCAAAUUCUGGUUCUGAGGUUUCCACUGUUACUUCUGUUGUGACAUCGUAUGUAUCCAUCAAUCCAAGCUCCUCCUCGGAAACGGUAUACACUACUGUGUAUGUCACCGCCAUACCCGCUGGAUCUUCUGCUUUCCCAUCGAUUACCCCAACAUCUACAGCAAACAGUCCAUCAAUCUCCACCGUGACUUCGGUAGUGACCGAGGUAGUCACAGUAAACCCGAGCUCGUCGUCGACCAGUGUCUACACCACUGUCUAUCCUACAACAAUUCUUCCAUCAACGAGCUCCAAUGGAGGUCAAGUAUUUUCAUCAUCAGGCACAGCAGUGUCUUCCUCAAGGCAGUAUACAACCAUCACUUCGGUGUAUACCACACUGGUUACUGUCAAUCCCAACUCGAUUUUCACCUCGUACUACACGACGUACAUUACAGUCCGUCUUGGACAGAUUGCCACCACGGCUCCUUUUCCGAACUCCACGGCCCUUCAGACAGGCUCCGCUACGUCGACGUCCAUCUUCAACGUGACCUCCAGCUCGAUACUUGUCACUGUCAUACCAACCACCAGCGUCUCCUCCCUCUCACUCUCCUCAGUCAUCGUCACCGUGAUUCCGACUUCGCUGAGCUCCACCGUGGUCAGCAUCAUCCCGAGCACAGCUAUCGGAAAUAUCUCGCUGAGUUCCACCUUGGUGACAGUCCUGCCGAUAACCUCGACGGCCGGCGGCCAGGUCAGCUUGUCGUCUUCCGUGGAAAGUAACUCUACAAAGCUCGUGACCGAGACUUUGUCUUCUACCGUAACUCUUCCCCAGCCAUCUGGGUCAAUGACAUCCGGCGUGGGAGCCAGCUCGUCUGGCCUUGUUACGGAGACUGUCUCUGCUACUGUGACUGUUUCCCCGUCGUCGGGUUCACAAGCAAUAUCUGCUUCGGGAACUAGCUCGUCUGAGCUUGUUACAGAGACUGUCUCCGCUACAGUAACCGUUAUCCCAUCAUCAAGCUCACAGACAUUGCCAGUCUCGGGAACCAACUCUUCCGCCCUCGUUACUGAAACAUUUUCGUCUACGGUGACUGUUGUCCGUCCAUCGGGGUCACAGGUAUCCUCAGACGAAGAAGCUAGCUCAUCUGACCUUGUGACCGAGACUAUCUCUGCAACCGUAACCCUUACCCAGUCGUCAGGCAUCCAGCAGCCAACUUCAGACGCCAACGCAUCAGCCAGCAGCUCGAAUGAUGCUGCCACUCAGACAGUGUCCUCGACCGUCACAGUCAGCGGCGCGACAUCGUCAAGCGCCCAGUUACCGACCUCAGGGCUAGCAAGCGAAUCAAGCUCAUCCAUAGGAACAUCCACAGGAGCUGCUGCGACCUCCCUUUCGUCUGCCGACGCAACAUCGGGAGUGACCACUGGGCUCACAGACGCCAUAUCUGCAACUAGUACUGGAACAAAUACCGUCACCACCACGGCAGUCGUGACUAGGACCCCCUGCCACGGCGGUGGUGGCUAUUCGCCUGUGCCAAGUGGCGCAUCUACCUCUCUCACUGAUGCGCUGUCUACGUCGCUAACGGAUGCCGUAUCGACAUCGCUUACAGACGCCUGGUCUAGCUCGGUUACAAGUGAUCUCUCCACUUCGACUCCAGGUCCGCAGUACAGCUCGCUUACCGAUGCCGUGUCUACGUCAAUUACAGAUGCAGUGUCUACUUCAACCACCAAUGUACAGUCUACGUCAGCUACAGAUGCCAUUUCUACCUCGAUGUCGGACGCACAAUCUACCUCAAACAGCUGGCUGACGUCGACAACCAUGGCAAUCGAGACCACUGAGGGUGCAUUGCCCACCAGUGCAGGAUCAACUUCCGUCUCCACUGGCUUUUCGACCAGCCUCACGGCGCCCUGGUCGACUAUAACGAGGCCUCCGUUCACUGUUAUUCCAUACGAGCCGACGCCGUGUAUAAGCUGGCUCAGCUACGUGACGGAAGUGUACGUGACUCUGACCACAACUUGCCCGGAGGGCAGCGUUAGCACAACGACUCUGACUGAUCGAUUCACGACCGUGACGACGUCAGCUUGCGCCACUCCGACUGUUCCAGAGCCUUGCUACGGAUGCGCCAUCGGAGCUCCAGACGCAGGAGAGGUGGUUUCAGUUACUAUGACUUCAACUGCAAGCACGGUGACUGUUCCGGGGGAGUCGCCCACUGCUGCCUCCGGUCCAGUGUUCGGUUUCCCUCAGGGCCCUUCGGAAUCCGUGAUCCCUCGAAAGGAGAAGGCCGAAGCUGACAAGGGCACCGUCGUCACUGCCGGGGCAGGCCGAGUUGACUUUGGUAUUCUUGGCGGAGCCUGGCAGUAUGCGUUGGCCUGCCUUGUUGGGCUUGUCAUGUUGAUGGCUGUUUGA